AGGAGGCGCGGUAGGCUGUGGCGACUUCGCACGCUGUCUUUUUUACUUUCUGUUUCUCUGUUCUUGGAGUAUGUUUAGACAUAUCCCGCUUCUGAAGUGCUAAGUCACUGUGUGAAGUACGUGAUGGGGAUUUACGACGUGUAUUUCAGCAGCCGGCGUCGUUUACAGAACUUUGGAAGUAUGUUGAAGUGAACAACCGAUGUACUUUUCAAUCAGACCAGCUGAAAACUCAUCUGAACACUGGAAAUGGAUUUCCAAAAGCUACUGCUAGACGUAGGUAAGGCCCUGAGCAGAGACGACAUAAAAGCUUUAGCCUUUCUUUGCACUGACCUGUUGGGCCGAAACCCCAACACUGUGGAGUCGGCCAGCGACCUUUUCUCUCGCCUGGCGGACCAGGAUCAGCUGUCACCUGAGAAACCACACCUGCUGAAGGAGCUUCUCCUCACCAUCCAGCGACCUCGUCUGCUCCGUGAUCUCAGACUCAAUGACCUGCAAACCACAAGUCUCAUCUCUCCCUACAGGAAGCUGCUCUACAGCCUGUCUGAGGAAAUCACUGAUGAUCGGUUAAGAGAUAUGAAGUUCUUGCUAAACAAAGAGCUCCCACGUAGAAAACUAGAGGACAGUGUUACUACGCUGGAAGUCUUCCUGGAAAUGGAGCACUUGGACCUCAUUACUGACACUAAUCUAAACACACUGGAGAACAUAUUUGAGUCAGUGUGUCCCAUGCUGAAUAGAGAGAUCAACCGGUAUAAAACACAGCAGGUACCUAACACCAACCUUAUAGCUCAAGAAAUGAGUCGACCGAGGUCUUCGUCUCUUCCGUUUCCGACUUCCCCAUCUUUACCAAGAACCGGCUCUUUGGAAAUGCAAGUACCUAACACCAACCUUAUAGCUCAAGAAAUGAGUCCAUUGAGGCGUUCGUCUAAUUCCUUUCUGACACCAUCUUUCCAGAGUACUGGCUCCAUUGAAAUGCAAGCAUUUCCACCACUGGCGCUCUCUUCCAUGAAUUAUUCCAACACCUCUGUUGAUGAAUGUGAGGGCCUGGCACAAAACCUGAGUAGUUUACACACUGAACCUCACAGAUGUGCCUCAUUGGAAGAAGUGAAACAUUAUGCUGUGAAAUACGCGUCACCUCAAGAAAACACAAACUCCUCUGGAAUGCAGACAUCUCAGACUACAAACACACUUAUUGAGGGUUUGGGAACAUAUCCCAUGAUUUCAGCAAAGAGAGGCAUCUGCUUGAUAAUUAACAACUACGACUUCUCUAAAUCCAUAGUGACUUUAAAGAAUCGGGAGGGAACCAUGGUUGAUGAAAAGUGUCUGCAGGAGGUGUUUGAGUGGCUGGGCUUUGAGGUACAGAAACACAGGGAUUGUGACAAGAGGAAGAUUCUGUCUGUGGUAUCUGAGCUCAGCAGAAAAGAUCACAGUCAGAUGGACUGUUUUGUAUGCUGCGUCCUCAGCCACGGCCUGGAAGGAGCCGUGUACGGUGCAGACGGGCAAGAAGUCAAGCUCAUCGAGCUGACUGACCCCUUUGAUGGAUUAAACUGCCCCUCGUUAGCAGAAAAGCCCAAGCUGUUUUUCAUCCAGGCCUGCCAGGGCUCCGUUGAGCAGAGGGCUGUCUACAUCGAGGCAGAUAGCGGGACAUCCAGUCGUAUUUGUAGCGAUGCUGUAAGAGCCAGAGACUCCAUCCCUUCCAAAGCGGAUCACCUGCUGGGAAUGGCCACUGUGCCUUUAUUUGUCUCCUACAGAGACAAGACAAAUGGGGCGUGGUUCAUUCAAUCGUUGUGCCAAAACCUUGUUCAGAUGGUGCCCAGGGAGUACGACCUCGUGUCUAUCAUGACAAAGGUGAAUGCAGACGUUAGCAAGAAGAAUGCUGGUUCAAGCAAGCAGAUGCCUCAACCAUCCUUCUCACUCAGGAAGAAAGUGGUGUUUCCGGUACCCAAAGCCUCUCCUCCGAAUCUUUGGCCCGAGUUACAAGUCUGCUCUCACAACAAAUGAUCUCUGAGAAAUGAGCGUACUGCUUUGAAAUGAUUUUUUUUUAAUCUGCUGGACUUUUUUUAAGCCAUGAGGCAUUGACAAAAGCCCAAAAAGGCUUGUAUAGGCUUGUCCCACUGUUUUCUGAGGGUUGUAUGACAUGUUGGUAUGAUGCCACUGUAUGACAUGUUGGUAUGAUGCUCAGGUACACACAAAUCUUAACCACCGUACUCGUUUCAAAGCAUUGUGAAAAUAAGCACUUAAAUGAUAUUUUUUAUCUUUGUAGUGAUGAACUGAAUCAGUGAAAUAGAGGUGGUUCAUAUGUUUAAAUACCUGAGUGUCUGGAUUGAUGACUCUCACUUUCAAGCCACAUGUGGAGAAACGUGUGACGAAGCUGAGGCUAAAAUUGAGUUUUUAUUUUUGAAACAAGUUAGUUUUUCUUUUAGUGUGAAAAAGCGGCUUGUUGCUGCAACUUUUUUGUCUGUUUUGGAUUACAAAGAUCUUUUAUAUAUGAAUGCUUCUGCUCAAUGUCUUUGAAUGGUUGACACUGUUUACCACGCUUCUUUGAGGUUUAUUACAAACUAUAAAGUGUCAGUGCACCACUGUGAGUUAUACUCUCAGGUGGGAUGGCCAGCUUUAGACACCAGAAGGAUCCGUCAUUGGUAUAUUUUCAUAUACAAGACAAUACUUGGACUACUGCCCUCCUACAUUUGCUCUUUAACUGCGCAGAAAAGUUCUGAUCGUCUUUCGCUCCAUUCACAAGAUCACUUGUUGCUUUCUGUUCCAUAUGUUCACACUGAAUUGGGCAAAAAGGCUGUUGUUUCCUCUGCACCUUCUGCCCUGGAAUAUGUUGCAGAAAGACUGGAAACGAACUGAAUGAAUCUCAUUGAGUGCUUUUAAAUCUAAACUACAAGUUCUUAAGGUUGUUUCAACGACAUGCACUUGUUUUUCAGAAUUUGCUUGUAAAUUUAUGUAAAAAUUUUUUUGGGGGGAUUGUUUUUGUUCAUAUUUUAAUCAUUUUUUGACCGUAAUUUUGUAACUUUGUUUUGUAUUUGCUGCUGCCUAUCUUGGACAGAACUCCCUUGAAAAACUGGUUUUUAAUCUUAACAGGAUUUCUCCUGGUUAAAUAAAGGUUAAAUAAAAAAAUUUGAAAAAAUUAUGUACUGUAUCUUAUAUCUAGGAAUAAAUCUACACACAGCUGCCAUGUCUGUUUAAAUGCAAGAAUUUUUGACAAACCAAACAUAUUUUCUACAUGAUUCCAUCCUGUAUUUUAUAAAAUGGACUCUGGUUCUUGUUUUUAUACUUGCAUUAAAAAGCUUCACGCCGAAA